CUUUCAUGUAUGCCUUUGUCGUUAUCAAAUUAAUUAUCUACCUACUCUUUAUUUUCCACCACAAAUUAAUAAGGUCAAUGGUAAUUUUCAGUAUCAAAUCAAUUGAAUUUGGUUUAACUUUCGUUUCUCUUUAUCAUCUUCACAUUUCUUCUCUUUCAAUCAUUCAGAAAUACUUUCACUCACAAACCUAUCUGAAACCAAAUCCUUUGAUUCCUUCGGUUUGCGCCUUACUUGCCCUGUCACAAACCUCUCCGAAACUAGUUCCCCUGAUUUCUUCAGUUCGCACCCUGGUUGCCCUGUUGCCUUCUCUGUUUAACGUUCUUUAUUUCAGAAUCUUUUUGCCCUAUUUCUGGUUCUUUAUUUUUUUUUCUGUUUCAAUAUUUCUGAUUUCUUCAACCGAAAAAUUAAAAAAAAAACACUUUUUGCUUUCAGUUAUUUCUCGAUUACUAGAAAGAAUUAUCAUUUCUCGUAUCUAUUGUUAAGUAUUUUCAUUUGCUUUACUUCUCUUCUGUUUUUGAUUUCUUCGGUUUGCUCCUUACUAGCCCUGUUACUAUCUCUCUUUUACUUUCUUUAUUUCAGCUUUCUUUUUGCCCAAUUUCUGGUUUUUUUUUUUUUGAAAAAAAGAAUAUCUGUUUCAAUAUUAUUUCUGAUUUCUUCCAAAAAGAAAAUUCUUCUUGCAUUUGGUUAUUUCUCAAUUACCAGAAAAAAAUCCGUUUCUCUAAUUUAUUUUUAAUUUCGGCAGUUGUAUUUUAAUUAUUUUAAUUUUCUUUACUUCUGUUUUUCAAACCUGAAAAAAGUUUAAAAAAUGGUUGAGGUUGCCGGGAGUGUUGGGGGUGUGCUGAGUCCUGUCCUUCAAGUUGCCCAGUGGUUGGCUGCUCCGAUUUGGCGUCCAUUUAAGUACUUGUACAACUACACUACCAAUUUCAACAAUCUGGAAACGGAAGUUGAUAAGUUGAAGAGUACAAGAGAAGAAGUUGAGCGUAAGAUUAUUGCUGCUGAAAGAAAUGUGGAAGUGAUCUGCCAAAAUGUUAAGAAGUGGCAGGACAGUGCGCAGGAGAUGAUUGAUAAAGCAGAGCAGUUGAUUCAAGAGAAAGAACAGUUCAUUCAAGAGAAAGCAAACAACCGGCGUUGUUUCAAGGGAUUGUGCUCCAGUUUCAUCAUCCACUACAAACAAAGCAGGAAAGCUUUUAAAUUGAAGCAGGAUGAUAUUGAUCCACUCCUCCAGCAAGGAGAAAAAUUGGGUCCAAUUUCCUAUCAAACUAAUCCACCGGAUCUCCGGCUUAGACCUAAUGAAGAUUAUUUGGCUUUUGAAUCAAGAAACUCCGUGGUAAAGAAUGUAUGGGAUGCUUUAAAUGAUGAGAAUGUGUACAUGAUUGGUGUUUAUGGGAUGGGUGGUCUUGGGAAGACCACGCUUGUAGAGGAACUUGGUAGGAACGCCGAGAAGGAUAAGCUCUUUGAGGACAUUGUUUUUGUUGAGGUUUCAGAGUCUCCUGAUGUUAAGAAGAUUCAGACAACAAUUGCAAAGAAAUUGGGUUUAAAAUUCGAAAACGAAAACAAAAGUGAAAUGGCAAAUAAGAUAUAUUCAAGAAUGAAGGACAAGAAUAUCCUUCUAAUUCUAGAUAAUAUUUGGGAUUCUCUAGAACUUGAUAAGACGGUAGGAAUUCCUCGUAGAGUUGAUCGUGGAAGAAAUAAACUUUUGUUUACAACAAGAAACUUAGAUGUGUUGAAAAGGAUGGAUUCCACAAAUAAUUUCGAGAUGGGCAUUUUAAAUGAAGAAAAAGCUUGGACCCUAUUCACCGAAAUGGCAGGAAGUAUUAUCCAAACAUGUGAAUUGGAUUCUCUAGCAAAAGAUGUAUGCAAGGAAUGCAAAGGAUUACCUAUUGUUAUUUGUACAAUAGCUAAAGCAUUAAAAUACAAGAGUCCACCUCAUUGGAAGUGUGCAUGGCAAGAAUUGAAAGCACCUUCUCCAAGAAAGUAUACAAGAUACCUAGAAAAGGAUUACGCAAAGAUCGCCUUAAGUUACAAUUAUUUAAGCGAUGAUGAACUUAAGAAGACGUUUUUAAUUUCUAGUCUAAUGGAAAAUAAUACUUCCAUUUCAGACUUGUUCAGACAUGUUGUGUGUUUGGAUGUAUUUGAUGGAGCUAAUUUGACAAUGGAAGAAGCACGAGAUAAACUAGAUACAUUGGUUUGUGACCUCAAAGAUGCUUGUUUAUUGCUUGACGGGUUCGAAAGUGGCCAAUUUGCUAUGCAUGAUGUUGUUCGUGCUGUUGCCACAACAAUUGCAUAUGUGGAUCACCAUGUGUUUACAGCAAAAAAUGAUGUUGAACGGGAUUGGAAGGACAGAGACAAACUCAACAAAUGCACGAAGAUCUUUUUACCUGAUAAAAGUACUAUUAUUAGUCAACUUUGGCCUAACGAUUUGGAUUGUCCAAAUCUUGAAUAUUUCUAUAUGACUAAUACGUGGGACUCUUCUUUCAAAAUCCCGGAGGACUUUUUCAGGGUGAUGCCAAAGCUUAAAGUAUUCACUGUGGAUGGACUGUGGCAAUCAUCAUUGCCAUCAUCGAUCGAUCAUUUGAAAAACCUUCUAACAUUGUGUUUAGAUAAUAGCGAAGUUCAAGAUUUUGCUAUUAUUGGAAAUCUAAAGACAUUAAAAGUUCUUAGCUUGCGAGAAUCAUAUAUUGAGCAGUUUCCUACAGAAUUGGGUCAAUUGACUCAACUAAGGUUGUUAGAUUUAAGUUGUUGUGAGAGAUUGGAAGUAAUUGCUCCAAAUAUGAUAUCACAGUUAACCAACUUGGAAGAAUUUUAUAUAAAGGGAUGUCCUAUUAAAUGGAAGGAUGGUGUACUCAACGAAUUGAAGCUCUUGUCCAACCUCACCAGUUUAGAAUUGGAUAUUGAAGAUAACAAUGUGUUGCCUAAAACUUUCAUUUCCAAAGAGCUUAAAAGGUACAAAAUAACAAUAGGAGAUAAGUAUUACAAAGAUCCAGGAAGUAAAUACCUAAGGAUUUUGGAAUUUGCUUAUAAUUCUAGCAUCUCCCUAAAAGAAUUAUGUGAAGUCAAGAAUGUUGAAGUCUUACAGAUGGUCAAAUCUUCAGGAGAUGAGGAGGAUCUUGAUGAAAAGCAAAUACUGCCAUUCUUUAAUGAGAAGGUUUGAUUAACGAUAAUCCAUAGUACUUCUCUUUUCAAGUGAUUAAAAUUUUUAGUUAAAUUUCACUAUUAAGUGUUUCUCUUCAAUUUCUACACUCUAUAAUUUCUUUCAAAUUGAUUUCAUGAUUUCAUGCUUGAUUUCAUAGUUGAUAUUAUUAGAGACAAAAAAUAAAACACAUUGUUAAUAUUAAUAGCAUGUCAUCUAUAAAUCUAUGAGAACUAGUUAUUAUUUUUAAAAUUUCUCAUGUGAGUUAGUAUAUGUGAAAACAACAAUUAAUUUUGACUGGAAAUUAUUUUCACCAAUUUGAUGGCCUUAAAAUUGGUCAAUAUUAGUUUUGGAAAGAUUUGGAAGAGUUAACUUUUAACUUCUUCUUAUAAAAAAUUGACAAAGUUGUUUUGAAAGGAUACGUUAAAAUAAAUUAUGUGUUCCCAUUUUUCAUAGCCAAAAGCCUCCAAUACCUUAAGAUAGAGAAUUGUAAGAUUUUAAAGAAGAUUGUUGAGGAAGAAGAGUAGAAGUGGUUAAUUGUUUCUUUCCAAAGUUAAUUAAAUGAAACUUAAAUAUUUACCAAAACUUAAAGUUUUCUAUCUAGGGGUACAUGCUUUAGAAUUGCUAAUAUCGGUAAGGUUGAAGAUAGUAAGUUAUCCAAACUUCUCAUCAAGAUAUCAAGGCUUCUAAGAUAAUAACGGGAAAGAUGAAAUUCAAGUUUUAGAAUCAAUAUCAUUUGCUUGGAGCAUAAGGUAUCAAUCUCAUGCUUAUUUUGUUAUUGAAAAAAGUAAAAAUAAGAACUUACUUAGGCGCACUCACACAUACAUACACACACACACACAUAUAUAGAUUUCAAUAUUACUUGAGUUUUGUAUUAGAAAUUAAAUUGAAUGUUAAUAAUUUGUUGUAAAGAUAUAGUAAAAUAAUUAAUGGAGGGAUAUUUUUUUAGACCAAGUGUUCCAUCUUACUUUUGUGGGCUGAUAUUGUCUCUAAGGCUUGGCUUGUACUAGUUUUAUCUCUCAAAUUGGAUGUUCAUAAGAGUAUGAAUUUUGGUCCAACACAUAUAUUUGAUAAGUAUGUAGGCUUAUUAAGCUGAAAUUGAUAAGUAAAGCCCCCCAUGCUUUUGUUUUUAAUCUAAUUUUGAUUAUGAAUAAUUCCUUACUCAGUAGUUGCUAAUGUCAUUUUUAAACUACUAACUUAUAUUCCUAUUUGGGUAAUUUGAAUUAAGAGUGUCUUAAUGUUAGCAU